GCAACCCUGCCCAAGUCUCCUCCCUAAGUCGGUCUGCGAAUCGCACCCUAGUCACGCGUUCCAAGUCGAAACGCGUCGCCUCGUUGACAGAGACGGGAACGUUGCAUCGAAAUAUACGAUCGAAAGAACGUUCAAGGUCGUUAGUUCUAACGUUGGAGGGCAUCAGCGAAAGGGUUGCUAAUUAAUUGGACGAUCAUGGAGCAGGGUGUGUGUCAGCGGGUCGGACGGCAAGGAAGAAUGUACACUUAUUGGCCAGCGUCUGCGUCCUCAUAUUGAUCUGCGACGGUGGCUGUGGAGUUAGGGUGUCUGCGGGUGGGACAUCUGAAACAUGCCCAAAAUGAAUUUUUGUUUGCGGUUCGCGCGUUUUCUCUUCGUCUCCGCGAUUUUCUGCGUUGGUCUCUGCUCCGAAGAUGAAGAAAGGUUGGUGCGAGAUCUGUUUAGAGGAUACAACAAACUUAUUAGGCCCGUGCAGAAUAUGACGGAGAAGGUGCACGUGAAUUUCGGGCUGGCGUUCGUGCAGCUGAUCAACGUGAAUGAGAAAAAUCAAAUCAUGAAGUCGAACGUGUGGCUGAGAUUCAUCUGGACCGAUUAUCAGUUACAAUGGGACGAGGCGGACUAUGGUGGAAUCGGUGUCCUGAGGUUACCACCUGAUAAAGUUUGGAAGCCAGAUAUUGUGUUAUUCAACAACGCCGACGGUAACUACGAGGUACGGUACAAGAGCAAUGUCCUCAUCUACCCCAACGGCGACGUCCUCUGGGUGCCCCCGGCGAUCUACCAGAGUUCCUGCACGAUCGACGUCACGUACUUCCCGUUCGACCAGCAGACCUGCAUCAUGAAGUUCGGAUCGUGGACAUUCAACGGUGACCAGGUCUCGCUAGCCUUGUAUAACAAUAAGAACUUUGUAGACCUGUCCGACUACUGGAAAAGCGGCACCUGGGACAUCAUCAACGUCCCUGCAUACUUGAACACCUACCAAGGUAGCUUCCCUACGGAAACGGACAUCACCUUCUACAUCAUAAUCAGACGCAAGACACUCUUCUACACGGUGAAUUUAAUUCUUCCCACGGUACUGAUCUCCUUCCUCUGCGUGUUGGUCUUCUAUCUUCCGGCGGAAGCUGGCGAGAAAGUGACGCUUGGUAUCAGCAUUCUCCUCUCGUUGGUCGUGUUUCUGUUGCUGGUCAGCAAGAUCCUGCCCCCGACAUCCCUGGUGCUUCCGUUGAUCGCUAAAUAUCUCUUGUUCACAUUCAUCAUGAACACCGUGAGCAUCCUGGUGACGGUGAUCAUCAUCAACUGGAACUUCCGCGGACCUAGGACGCACAGGAUGCCGCAGUUGAUCAGGAAGAUCUUCCUCAAGUACCUUCCAACCCUCUUGCUCAUGAGGAGACCGAAGAAGACGCGUCUUAGGUGGAUGAUGGAGAUCCCGAACGUGACAUUGCCGACGUCCACUUAUUCAGGGAGCCCAACGGAGUUGCCGAAACACCUGCCAGCAUCGUUGGCCAAGUCGAAGAUGGAGGUGAUGGAGUUGUCCGAUCUCCACCACCCGAAUUGCAAGAUUAAUAGGAAGGUACAUCAUACUACGAGUGGUUCUAGUGCAGCUGGUGGGGAGGGUCUGGCUGACAGAAGAGGCUCGGAAAGCUCGGACUCGGUGUUGCUCAGCCCUGAGGCCAGCAAGGCUACCGAGGCUGUCGAGUUCAUUGCUGAGCACUUGAGGAACGAGGACUUGUACAUACAGACAAGAGAAGAUUGGAAAUACGUAGCGAUGGUGAUCGAUCGGCUGCAGCUAUACAUUUUUUUCAUCGUGACAACCGCAGGUACUAUUGGGAUCCUGAUGGACGCGCCGCAUAUUUUCGAAUACGUGGACCAGGAUCGAAUCAUAGAAAUCUAUCGUGGGAAGUAACUCCGAGUUAGCGAAUUGGAAAACGGCAUACUAUCCUCGCAAAUACAUUCGUUGGAAACUUUAUUGAAUUCGAUUAUUUCGUCUCAACGAAAGUAUUCUGUAUGUCGAAUCAAGCACUCGAUGCGAAAUUAGUAUCGGUGUGCCUAGUAAAAUUUUGUGUCUUUCGUUUCUUGAUUUAAAAGAUACCGAGAAAUUUGGAACAUUCUGAAACGUCGCUUCGAUUAUUGCGUCGGGGUAAAGUAAUUUUUCUUCGAUUCUUUGUAUUAAAACGAUUAUUUUUGUUUUUUCAUCGUUUUACUGUUUUCAUGGUCAUGAGUUAACGAUGUCAUGGAAAUCGGGACACAAAACGCUCAGCAUUCUCAUUGAUCUUUUGUAACGAUCAAUCAUUUCUUCGUUUUAUACUCGUGAACGACUAUCAACAUUGAAAAGCUGUAUUUGUGAAUUUGUCAAGGAACAAAGCUCAAUGGCACUCGUAGCAUAGGAACGUACCACUCAAAUUAAUCAAAUUAAGUAUUAUACUAUUACAGAUAUACUAAAUCUCAGUAAUUCGUUCAAUUCCCCUACGUAUUAGUUACGAUUGCAGUUUCUGGAAAUUGACACUUUUCAUUGUAAACCACGGCUAGGUAUUAGGUACUAUUGUUUCAAUACACGGCGAACUAGUGGCGCCAUUAGUUUACACGCUCGCCGUGCCCUGAGACGAUUAUGGUACCGAAACCUACUGCAAACUUUUACGAUUUCUAAUUGUUUCAUCGCCCACGUGAGAAGAAAUUUACUUGAAAAAUUCGUCGACAAAGCACGACAACACUUUGAUUUACAACGUCUCAGAGUUGAUCAUGGCUGCCUCCACGGUUAAUUAAUAAAUUGUCUUCCUUGGAAACCUUCAUCACGGGCAUGCUGAAGUGAAUGCGGGGUAAAUGCAAGUUCAGUUAAAUUAAUGUCCCAUCGAUCGCGCAUCCUAGAUGAGUAACUCGGUUAAUCGAGAAAAAGGAUAAGCAUAGAGCGUAGCCAUCAAAUAAUUUUGAUAUUAAUCGUGCGAACUACCGUUGCCAUUAUUGUAAUCUAGCAGGACUCGUGUUUGAUAACUCAUUUGAUAUCUAAGGGUCGUGACAACAUGUUUUAACAACUGUUGGAUGAAUCUCAUUUUUUCGAAGAUCGCGGAAAAUGUUAUGGAUCGACUCCAUCACUAUCAUGCAAUACUCUGACUUUACAGUGGCAUUUUCAACGUUUCCAUUUUAUUUCUUCGUUUUAGAGACAUUAACAUUAUAUACAGAAAAUUCCGAGCCGCUCAAUCCUUUCCCGUGAAUCUCACGUGUAACGAAGUUUUCACGUUUCUCGAAAAUCUCAUAGAAAAAAUUGAACUUCACGUCACGUUUGCUAAUGACACUACGAAAGCGCACAUUAGAAGUACAAUGUCACGACCCUGUGUUCUGAGUCGUUGCGAACGAGAAGAGUAAGGAAAAAAAAAUAAGAAAAAAAAUGUAUCGUACAUCCAAUAUACGGAGGUAUCAUAAUCAAGCUACAUGUAUAUUGUGCAAAAGAUUGUUAAACGGUCAUGUUUUCUCUAAUAGAAAGUUUGUCCCACUUACAAAGAAUGUUUAUGGUUGCUGGUUAAAGGUCGUUGAUUUUUCUCGUAUAUAUUGCCUACAGUUGUGCCUCGCGAAUCAGCCCAUUGUUACAAGUGAUGUUAUUGUAUAUACUAUAAAAGAAGCUUUGAUUUUAUUACGCGAACUUCAUCACAGCGAAGCGAAAGCGCAGCAAUUUUAAAACCGAACUUUAACAUCGAUUUCGUUCCGAAUCGAAUGCUUUUCGUUUACAUCGACGACUCGAGAGAAUACGCACUCUGGAAGUAAAUUGCAUGUCGUUUUGAUAAUUUUAUACUCGAUGGUAAAUUGUAAAUCGAACUUCCCUCCCCAUGGAUCGGAAGAACGACCUGAGCUUUACGGUAUUUGUUGCGUCAUGACGAAGUGAAUCGACGCGGUGGAUGAAGUUCAGGUCGGGUGUAAAGAAUAUUAACGAAACAAAAAAAAACAGAAAAAAAAAAGUAAUACGAAGAGAGAACCGUGUUUUAAAUGAGAUUCAUCGUCGAACGUUCGCGAUUCAUUGUCCUCGACGCUUGUAUGGAAAAUUGAUGUGUAUGAAAAACACUGCUCGCGAUUAGAGUGACGAAUUAAUUCCUUGAUAGAGUGACGCGUGUCUUCCUUGAACAAGAUACAAUAACUAGAGUGUAGACCCCGUGAAUUAAGUAACUAGAUUAUGCUUACUGAUUUCUAUACAUUUUACUUCCAUAUAUUUUAUAGCCUUGUUCACUCAAGAAUGCGAAGUAUGACUGUGUAUGAGAAUCAUAAUGAGACGAUUUUAAAAGACAUUUUGCAACUAACGUGCAAUUGAAGAUGUCAGUUAUAAUUGGAGACGAAUAACGACUACGACGCAACGGAAAGUUUUAUUGUUUAACACUUUGGGCUCAACGUCGUUCGAAUGAUUCAUCGAUCUCCAGUUUUAUUGAAUUAUUAAGAGUUUUCCGCCAAUUAGUGAUAGAACGUAACAUUAUACUAUUCUUAGGAUCGUUCAUCGAUCCCAUUAUCGAUGAAUAAUUUAACGUUUACGAGAUUUUGCUACUGACAUCUUCAAUUAACCCUAGAAUACUAAUGUAUGUAAUUUUUACGUUUCUUACGUUUUUCUACCUUCCUCUAGACUUCAACGUCAAACUCGACGAUAAUUGUUUAAGUUUUAAAAAAUGUAAUAACUAUUAUGGACAUAUACAUUUAUAAUUAUUAUAAAUAAGGAUAAUAAAUGCGACUAUAAAAAAAAAGCAUUAGAAUUCUAGGGUUAGUGUCAUUUUAUAUACAUUUGAAUUUAAAAUAAGUAUCAUUUUUCUUAUUAGAUAGAGUUAAAGAGUGAAAUUUGUUUUUCGUGGCAAUUGACUAUUUGAACAUUCUCUCAUUGAUUCUCACAUGCAAAAUAGCUGAGAGCUUGUUCUAUUUUAGCUGUAAACGUAACUGUUCGCGAUUAACGAUAAAAUAAAAUGAAUCGAACUAUUCUAUCAGCGUUGCAACAAUCAGUGAAACGUGUUGAUAUUAAACACGCAUGAGUGCAAUGUCGUUAGAGCGUGAACAGCAUCGAUCGUGCUCAUUCCUUCCAAUUACAAUAAAUAAAUUUAGUAAAUCUUGCAUUAUUGAGUUUAAACAUCAGAGUCACAUUUAUCCACUGCCCGCUAAUAUCUAAGCAAAGGAAAGAAAAAUUUUUCAUCGAUUAAAAUAUUUGAAUUUAAGGUGGUCCUUUCCCAACUGUACUAGUCAAAACAAAACUCAAAUAUAGAAAGUAUUAAUAACGAUAUAUUUUCUAUAAUAAAAUUCUUAAAUUAUUAUUUGAUUAUGAUUUUAAUAAAAAAAAAGUAGUAAUUGAUACAAUUACAGUUCCAAUUACUUUUUAAGUAUUAUUUUAUUCGACGUAGUAGUUGUGAAAUCGAGGAUGCUGCAUCUUGACAUUUCAAUUUUCGUCAGGUUAAGUUACGAGUGAGAGAGAUUGACGCUUCAAAUUCUUUUUGACGUUUCGAAGCAACCAUGAAAUAUAACCAUGUUUAUAUGCGAUGUUGCCACGUUCCCGAGACAGAAAUCUGCAUGAAAAAAUAUCGUACUCGACUUCUUUUUCUAAUGCAUAUCGCUCUGGUACUAAACGGGCAAGUUUAGAAAAAUUAAAAUAUGUUAUUCUUCAUUAUUUUAAUUAAUUUUCUAUUAAUUUUUAGGACAGAAAUUUUUCCUUUAAUUUCAAGAACUUUUUACAUCCUUCCUAAAUUUCGUUUUAAAAUAAAUUUACGACAAUGGCCACGGAUAUAUUGAAUAGAUAAUGACAAUAAGGCGCUCGUCUGUUAAAUCAGUAAUCAGUUUGAGUCAGUUCGUUUUAGGUUAACUUUUAUAUGGAAUUCUGUUUUAGUAAUAACCAGAGAUUGGUAUGUCUAGUUUUCCUUGAAGAAUCUAAGCUGCUAGUUUUCAGUUUACCUUAACACUUUGGUCUGUAUAGAGUGCGUGUAAUAAUUAUUCACACGGGGAGUACCUGUGGCGCUACUGAUUUGCGUGCUCGCCGUUCGCUGAAACGGUCGUAGCGCAUAUGCUAAAUCGCUUGAAUAUUGACUAUUAAAAUGCUGAUUAUGUCUAAUAUUCUCUGUACAAGUACAGGUAUUUUCUAUUGCAUUAAACUGUUAUUUUUAUAAGUUAUGGAUCAGUAAUGAUCAAUGAAUCGGAUAUUUGUACAGUAAAUCGUUAGGUUCUUCGAAUAUAAAAUAAAGAUUAUGAAAUGAUACGAUUUCUCUGUAUUCUACGUGCGUAGUAUACCUAUUCCAUGAAGAAAUACGAUACUUAAUAUAUGCGCGAAACAGAAAAUGGCAAUUUGUACGUUUCUGAAUUAAAAAUAUACAAAGAAGAACAACAGGUUGAUCUUGCCAGCAAUACGGAAUGUUUAAACACAUUAAUAAAAUAUUUGUCACACUUUCUCUAGCGGUUAAUAAGAAAAGUCUUAUUAUUGCCGUAUUAACCAACAGUUUUAGACAUAGUGCACCUUUGAUAACAAAUCAGGUAAUAAAAUCGCCAAUGAAAGUGAAGAAGAAGAAAAUGGAAGACGUUUAUUUUCAUUUCAUUUAUUUCAACAAUUUCAUAAUAACGUAAUAAUGUUAAUAAUAUUACAAUGCGGCGAUUAUGUGCUCACCAGUUAACAGGGAUUUUCAUAUCGAUCAACGUUUCUGCCUCGAAAAAGAGCCCAGCGUAGAAAUAUAACAAAUUUAUUAUUAUUAUUAUUAUUAUUAUUAUUAUUCUUACUCUUAUUAUUAUUAUUAUAUUAUUAUAUUAUUAUUACCUUAUUUAACAUUCUUCAAUAUGAAUUUACUAAUAUCAGGCCAGGCUGUUGUCGAGGCAUAAUUAAAAAUCAAAUGAGAUCGAGGGUGAGUCAGUUCAAUUGCAUCGUCCCACCAGGGUCUACGGAAAAGGGAGUAUCUUUUUCAAUAUUUUAUUCUUCAUUCCUUUCGUUUCCUCUCUAUAUAAUUUGCAAGGUAACGCAAAUAUUUUUAUUAUUCAUUUCUUUUCGCUCUCAUUCUUCCUCAUUCGCUCGUGCUCACUCUCUCUCUGUCUCUCUCUCUCGCUCUCUCUCUCUCUCUCUCUCUCUCUCUCUCUCUCUCUCUCUCUCUCACUCAUAUAUUCUCGCUUGAAAUAUUUCUGUUUACCCUUCGUUCCAGACUCGCACGGAAUUAAUUAGCUUCGUAACGACUUCGACGACUGGUGUAACGGUAGACAAGAGACGAUCCUUCGUUAAAAUAUACAAGGGAAGAGAUAGGUCAUAGGUAGAGAAGAAAUAGAUCGUGCAUUUUGUAUUUCAUCGGUGUCUCUUUGUCGCAUUUUUCCCCUCUUAUUUUUUUUUUCACCGUUCGCUAACGCUCAACCCCCAUCUUGUUUGUCGUCACCUGUGCUCAGCUUCUUGUUCCGCGUUCUCUUUUUCGUUCGCCUUUGGCUUCGUUAAGUUCAAUAGAUUAUUCUGAGAUAAUUAGGUAUUAGAUUUCAUCCUUUAGUUUAGAGAGAAAAUGAUCUCGAUAAAGUUUGACCCUAAUCUCUAGUAGACUACCUCUGAAUCACCCCUAUAAUUACUGUUCGAAGUAUAACUACGUCUCUAUCGAUUACAGGCUAGCUUUAAUAUUCAGUUAAUCGAUUAUUGAUUCAUUUAGAUUAGUUUAGUUUAGUUUAUUUAUUUCCACUCGGCGUGUAUUACGAAUAUGACUUUUAGCAUUUAAUAUUUUAAAUAUGUAUUGAUUAUGUUUAAUGGUACACGUGUAAUAGUUCGUUUUUUUGGCGUUUUUUCUCAUUUUUUGAAUUUAGAUUUUUUAUAUCGCUCGUCUCGUUUUUAAUACGUUUAUUAUUAUUUAUCAUCAAGCGUGGUUUGCUCGUUACCUUAGAUUUUUAUUUCACCCCUUCUUCCCCUUUUGACUCGAUUUCUGACUACUGACCUUCUAAGGAUAGUUCUCUUUUAGCGCAGGAAAACAGAGGAGAUUUUCACGGGUGAGAUAGUUAAUAUAGUAGGAGAAUUUUCAAAAUCGAUUUUGCUCUUCGAAACGAAGGGAACGAGAGUUGCCUGUCGGAAGUCAUUGGAGUUGUUUCCUCUUUUCACGUUGUUUCUUACACGGUAUUAUAAGUGCCCCUUUAUAAAAAUUCAUUUUAAAUUCAGUUGGCUGUGACACACUUUUUUCGUAGUUAUUAUUAGUGUUUAAAAAUUGUUUAAUCGCUCUUUCUUGAAGAGCCUUACUCGACGGCUUCUCGACUCGACGUGUGAGGCGGGAAAUCAUCAAAAUUCUAAUAUAUUGAUAAAUUAGAAACUUUGUGAAAACUUGAACAUCGAUUUUAUUACUCAUCAAGCUUCGUACUGGCUAGAAAAUAUGAAAUAAAUAAAGUAUUUUCAUUUUUCUAAUAAAUAAUUAUUUGAUAAACGUUUGUCUGCUAACGAAUACAAUAAAAUAAUUUUCUUCAUGUUUCCCUAGAGAAUCAAUGCUUUUUUGAUUUCCACCUCAUAUCUAUACGAGUCGCGCAAGCCUUCUGAAAGUUCUAUCGAAAUUUUUAUACACAAGAGACAUCCUUCCUCCUUAUUUUACGCUAGACAGAAAUAUUGUUGAAGAACGAACCAAAACUAGUUGAUGUAGCAUGCUAACGUGAAUAUUUCUCUUUCGCUACAAAAAUAUUGGAUAAUAUAGAACACGUUUCAUCCGCAACCGCUCAGAAACCUCUCGAAUCGUCAGCAACACGUUCCGCAACUACACGACUCUGCGUACGAAAACGGUACAGAAUUAUCACUACGCCUACUUGUCUCGAAUAGAUCAAACUCGUCCACCAAACGCCUUAAUUGUUUACAACGAAUAUCUUAACAGUCUCGUCUAAUGUACAAGUCUUCCCCCUUUACUAACGAGUCACGCUUCAACCCUCGCAGGCAAAAAGUGGGUCAUUCAUUAAAACACAAUUACUAAAAAUAUUUGAACUGACUCAAGAAUUGAACAUUUGUGAGUUUAUCGUUUCAAUAAUAUAGGAAUAAUAAUAGUAUACGAAUUUCAUUUAAGAAAUGGGAUUGAAAAUAAUUUAUUUCGUGAAAUUUGUUGUUUAAUAGAUUCGUAAAUGAAUUUAAUUUACAUAUUUACAGAAUUUUUUUGGCGGAGAAACAGUUAAUCUGGCAUUUACCCAAAUUAAUAAUUAUAAAAAGAUGGUUUCAGUGUUAGAUGAAAAUCUUUAUUUUGAUCGGAACUAAAUUUGAACGAACUUACUACAGUUAACCCAGUUUCCGCCAUUCGAGGACCAAACAUCCCGUUUCUCUCGGUAAUUAUGCGUCUACUCGGUCUGAGGCUUGGUAAAUUACGUUUUAAAGGUAGCUAAAAAUUUGGCACUUGAACGUUGCGUGUGUCCGCUAAUCGUUUAUUCUAAUUCAGAAUUCACGCAGCCGUGAAAGUCCGCAGCAGUGUCUCGCAAAACUUUGUUUCGUGUCUGUCACAGCAAUGGAAAAAUUCAUUGACCUCGCGGCCAAUUUCUCGAAAACAUAAUCCCAAAAAUAGCGAGGCGACAUUCUAACGUCUCUUGCCUUCGUAUGUGGCGUGAACGUAACGCGUGGUCCAGCGAUGAGCGCAACCUUCUUUGAAUAAUAAAUAAAGGAUAAAAUGAUUGAACUUAAAUAAUUCUUCAUUAGACCAACAUGAAAUGAAAUACGACUAUAUAAUCCAGAUUAGAAUUUUAAUUAUAUAAACGAGCCGUUCGUUGCAGAAAUCGAUUAAUUCUAUAAAACAAAAAUUUUAUCGCAUUUCUCGUCGUUAUACGAAUUUUUAUCACAAUUAUGCCCAUCACUGGCGUCGAUUUCGUUCGCGGUGCGAGCGCGUACAAAUCGAAGAGUAAGAGAGAGAAUCAAACGACGAUCCCUGAUUUCGUUCCUCGGGCGAUGUUGAACGUAAAAAUGUCUGCGAAUAUUUCGGCAUGGGUAUAACAACGAGUGCUGACCGCGAAAGACGAUUUCAUCUUUCCUUCGUUUUUCAAUUUUACACGCUACGUGUCACUGGUAUUAUGCAAACACUUUUCAUACGAAUCUAUAUGUAACAUAUGUACGUAUAUGCCUAAUUUAUAUGUGUAUGUAUAUAUGUAUACAUAUAUAUUUAUAUACACACACUUAUUCAUGUGUAUGCACAAGGUGCGGCCGAAACAACGCAGCCGAAAGCGACUGCAGCUCUGUUUAAGUAGAAUAGGAGUUUCCAUGCCGGACACGCCGCAACUAUAUAGGUCGUAUUGAACCUCAAGGUGUCCUGAAAUUAUUUUCCUUAAAUUAUUCGCCUGGGAUAAUUAACCAAUAAUAUUGGGUAACUGUUCUCUACAAAUAAAAAAUAAUAUAUGGGAGCUUCAUGUCUGACUGAAGUUACUCGUGUCUGGUCAAUACCCUUUUCUUCUACUUAAACUGAGCCUCAGCUACUCUGCACACGUUGAACCAUGAACAUACUUAUAACCAAUGAUUAAAUAAUUGUGUGUAUAUACACUGUGCAAUUGAAAGUAUAUACUCUCAUUUUAGAAAGUCUAAAAUUCAAAGAUUUUCCGAAAAGUUUCCAGGAAACUGAAACCUAAAUAGAUUCUGUUCUAACUUUGACGCAUCGUGUUCAAUAAUCUUUAAAUAGUCAGCAAUAGUAGAAAAUACUCAAAUAGAAGUAACUUUACAAUGCCACGUGUGAAAUUAGGAACUGUUCUCGGAUCGACGUUUCCAAAAAUGAAGUAGCACAUCGUAUUUCACUUGUCCAGGAAUAAUUUAGAACGUCACUGUUCGGUGACAUUAUAUUUCGGCUGCCCUGCGUAUACUCUCAUUACACAAAGAUCGGUUUAGUAAAAUCGGACAAGGAAUCUUCGAUCUUUCAAGUGUCUUCGUGCAACGCGCGAUGAAUUCUCGCAAUGUCAGGAAAAGAUUUAAAAAUGAGAAAGCGUAAUUCUCUUUCGUGCUUCGUGAUGCCUAAUGCUUAACAAUCCCAUUCUUUCCUAACAAUUUUCGAAAUUCUUCGAAUAUAACGAGAUAACCUCGCGAUUCGCCACCCAGUUCGAUCGAUAAGCUCUAAAUCUUCGUUCCGUUUUUCUAAAUUCAUAAUCGAUAUCGACACAACAAUUUUGAUUUUCCGUUGAUCACAAUAUUUCCAGGGUUCCACCUUGAACGCAAGCUUUCGGAAGCCGCAUUACCACGAAAAGAUCGCUAGAAUUUCUCUAAUCAAUACAUCGUAAAAUCGAUAGAAUCUUGAACACCUGUAAUGCUUCGGGCGAAGAGGCAGCGCCCUAUUCGUGUUCCUUAUAAACGUCUAGAAAGCAUUCCCGAAUCCCGAAUCGUCCGAGGCUCUAUCUGCUCGCGGGGCGAGAUGUCGGACGAACGUUUAGUUGUAAAAAAACGGGGGAAACAAACACGUAUUUUUCGUUUUUCAAGUGUUCGUAGCUACGCUGGAUGCUAACGUUGCGGAAGACUUUGACGUGCUAUUAGUAUAGUAGACCUUACACGUUAAAUUACGUCUGACUAGAGUCGUUUAUCUCGGCUAAGUAAUCCACGGUUUUCCGUUACGAUUAAGAAUCGAUUUAAUUCGCCUAGAAACGGUUAUUCGAUAUCUCGCGUUGUAGUAGAGGUAGUACAAUAUCAUAAUAUAUCGAAAGAAGAAGUUUUUCAUCCUCGACAACGUCAACGUUUCUUAGAGUGCACGAGGAGAUUGUCUUUGACACUUACGCGACGCCGUGUCUCGAUGAGCAAUCUUAGUUAUCUCUAACAGUUACCUUAAUAAGUCGUUAAAACGCUUGAAUUAAAUACGAGUCGAGUAAAAGGCUGGAAAACGGAGAUGUAAGUUUCGCGGACACCGUUUUCGUGACCGCGGAACUAUGCUUCCUUUCCUUUCUCUCGCUGAAGACUUUAUCGUAGGAUCGAAAGGGGCUGAUUUGUCGAGGAUCUUGCACCCGACGUAUGACCUUUCGAGUGCUAAUGAGAAUCGAACCAUUAGUCGGGGAAGAGAAUCGUUAUUUAGACGAUGACAUCCAAGUCUGAAUGGCCCUUUAAGGUAGACAAUGCCGACGGUGAAGUACGUUCGAACUACACACCGCUGAAGAUCAUUCUGCUAAGAACGAGAACGGCGAGGACUCAAGAAAACUGGAAAAUAGAACUACCUCUACGGUUUUUCUCGCAUGUCGUCAAACCCGUUUAAAAUAACCACGAACGAAGCUGGUAUUUGUAUAGUCAGGUUGAAAUGUGAAAAAUAGCGAGAAAGUUUCGAUCUGUGGUACAAUUUGGAAUAUGUUUGAAGUUAUUACUGCGUAAUUAUGACGAUCAAAGUCAGUUGCAUAUUCAGCAUGCACUUUAAGAAACAACGAAAGAGCUUCCAUUUAUAAAAUAGACAAUUUUCUGUCCAACGAAAUUCAAUGAAACGAUAUCGAAGAUUAUAGUUAAAUAUUCAGUCCGCAGGAAGCGAAGUAAUAAUCUCAAUAUGUGAAGCAAACAUUUUGUUAUUACCUUAAAAGGGUUUCACAGUCGUACCCGAAAGAUUGAACUUUGGGUAAGCAAUUAGCGAGUACGUCACUCAUUAUUGUGGAUCGAUUGCUUUCAAAAUUACCUCCCAUAUUACGCAAUCGUAUAACAAAUAGAGAGUAUAUGGAAUAAAUUUGAAUUACUUCGUUACCGCCUAAAUGAAUGUAGCAUGCCAAUUUUCUCUUCAAUCAGCAACUUCAAUUUGCUCGCAUUUUUCAGUUUUACUAGCUCAAAUAUGACUUCGAAAAUCAAAAUUACCGACACUUUAGCCCCUUUCCAACAUCGACGUCACAGUCGACUCUACGUUGUUGACCAUGUUAUAAUCUUUUUUCUUUUAUAAACACAAUCGCUCGCAUGUAAACGAGACACUCGAAAGAUCGUAGACCGAAUUGAUGUCCAGACACAAUUUGAUCGCGUCACCCUGUACAUAUGCGCUACUACGUUCCUAUUAGCGUAUUCAAUCUUUAAUGCAUAUUAUUUCUUUUUUUUUAUUCAUCCGUAAUAUUUUCUGUAAUAUUCGUCUUUAUCUCCUUGUCUUCUUCUAUUCGUUUCAUCGGAAAAAAACGAUUUUUCAUCGAAGUCGUCUUAACCGUACGCUUAACGACGUAAGAAAGAAAAGUUCAACAUUUCUUACUGGCGGAGAAUUAAUAAUUAAAACGUUAUCGAUAGCUUUAUUGAUUUAUUAUAAUUAUUAUUGUUAUUGUUAUCAUUAUUAAAUAUUAUUAGUACUAGCGUUAUUAAUAAUAUUAUCAUUGUUAUUUUUCACCAUCUCAUCCGUGUUAUCGUUAUUAUUUCAUUUUUAUUUAUUAUAAGAUUAAUAGUUUUAUAAUGAUAACUCCGCGUGUGACAAGCUGACUCUAAUAUAUACAAUACAAUAUAAAUAUGUGUAAAUAUUUAUACUAUAUGUUAUAUAUCGAGCAUAUAUAUAUAUAUUUUUGUUGUUUAUUAAAGGCGCAAAUUGCGUUAAUCCUCUCUGCAUUUUCCUUCCCUGUUUCCUUCAUUUCCCCACUCUUCCUGGCUUUCUUUUAUCAUCCGCCUAUUCGAUUCGUUUAAACAGCAAUCUCAUCGGGUUUUGAUGAAAGGUGUCACUUUCGGACAUUUGAGAACAUGUUUUAAAAAUCGUGUUCCUCCUGCAAUAUUCAAUCGUUCGUUUAAGUCUAACGAUUGACGGUAAGGAUCGAAUUUAUCCUAAAUUUCUGACAAUGGUUCUGUAACUGUUGCAGCUGUGCGUGUAUCAAAUGGAGAUCUUUAAAUUUGUCAGCUGUUUGUAAUGAAAGUGUCAUUGAAACUUCUGCAAAAAUGUCCACUCAUUUGAAAAGGAACUGUUUAAUUCUUUAUAAUUGUUCAAGCCUUAUGUACAUCAGUUACAGCAAAGAAAUAUUACUAACCGUUAGGGGUAACAAAGUACUCGUCAAUUUCUAAUAAUAUUACAUUUCUAAUGAAAAAAGUUUCUAAAUUUAUAUCGAGGAUAUUCUGUAGAGACAUGGGGAAACUUUUCCUUACAAGGAAUUUAAAUUCAUCCUCUUCUAUUGAAUCCCAUUGAAGAAAGUGUGUCUUAAUGCUAAAGAAGAAAGUCUUAGUGCUCCACUCACUAAGACUUUAAAAGAUCCUUUCAGAGUGUAUUCGAAUGAAAGCAUUUAGUGUGAUCUACUGUAAAAGAAGUUGUCAGAAUUCUCGAAGUCUACUAUUUUUUCAUCGAGGAAACACGAUUAACUUUUCACUCGUGACCAUUGUUCAAUCCAUGGUAGCGUAUAUUUUGCGUUUCCUUUCAUUUACGUUUGCUGCGUUGAGCGUUUCAAAAGAAUUCCCGUGCCAUGUUCUUGUAUCAAGUUCAAGAAGGUGGAAACAUUUCGGCAGCACGUGCUUUAAUUAAUUUCAUCCUAGCGUCGAUAUUAACGAUAUUAUCUUUACUUCGCGUGCACUUAAAUAGACGUGCAAUUCACAGCACACGUUAUGUAUUAUUUACGUGUUUAAAUGCGUUUCUUAGAACAUAAAAAUACUAGUUAAGAAAUAAUUCAAAGUUAAUUAUUAAUUUUAAUAAGAAAAGAAAUAAAAUGGUAUCUAACGUUAUAUUAUAAACUUUUAACAGAAUUAAUUGUCACAUAAACCAAAGAAAUGAAGUGCAUAUUUAUCGUUAGCUACUUUUAAUCAAUUAUUGUUUGUAGUGAUAAAAAAGAUUAGAUCAUACUGUACAUUAUAAGAUACUAUACAAUAAAAUAAGAAUGUAACAAAUUGAAUUGCUUACAGUUUCUGAUAAAAAGCAAUAAACACUGUAAUCAUACACAUGUUAACGAUCUGAAACAUGAGUGCACUUGUGCUCACGUACACGGCGAAUAAAGUGACAGACCCGUAUGUUGAGAACACUGAUUUUCACUACCCUAAUACGCGUCACGUGUCGUGUACAAUUGUUCUUUCUGCUCACGUUUAGAACCGUGCCUACUGUUAAGAUCCGACCGUCACAUUCCGUCUGAAUUUAAAGUUCAUUUCUUUUAUUUCACUCGUCGUUCUAUUCGUUCGAUUAUUAAUUAUUAACAUUAUCAUUAUUAAUAUUAUUAUUAUUGUUAUUAUUAUUACCCAUCGAUAGAUCUACCUCGUUCACCGAUGCGUGCCACAUUUCUCAUUAACCCUCGUAACUAAAUCGAACGAAAAAGAUCAUCGAAGUACCAACCGAAAAAAGACUCCCUUUCCCCGGUGUGUCUACUGUUUUUUAUUUUUUUUUAUUUUCAUCAUCUUCAUCUCCGUAACGACGACAGUUAGUUUAACGAACGACUCGACAAAUUUCUCUACCGUCUCAUCUAAUUAAUCCCUAAGACCCUGAAUCUCGUGAACAGUUUUUUUUAAACAUUUGAACGUUGACCGUGAUAGUUGAAAGUACGCUCUGAACAUUAAUUACUCUCAAUAAGCGCCACUCGUAAACGUCGGUUCUCGCUGGAUAAAAAAAAAUAAAUGAGCAUCCGUGAGCAAUGAAUCACGUUCUUUCUUUUUCUUUUUUUCUUUAGUUUCCUUUUUUUUGGGGUGGUGUAUCUUUUUUUUUUGGUAAUUAUUUUCUUUUUUUCUCUUUCAGUGAGCAACUCGAGUUUCGAAUUCUUUAACUUGAUUUCGAUAUGUGGCAACAAGUAAUCGUUUCAUUUCAAGAACGAGUAUAAUAGUUUAUUAAUUAUUGAACGGCUUAUUCCGUACCCCUCUCACCCCGCCUAAUCGCCCGUAACAUCCAUCUAAUUCGGACUUCGUCUAAUCGUUACUCCUUUCGUUUCCACCAACAAAUCUAAUUGCACUGGUAAAUCCCGAGCUAAUCGCAGCAUCGUCGACUAACAUGCGCGGUCUCUUAAUUCCUCGCCGCUUUAGCGCUCUCGUUAAGAACUAAUUAAAUAACAAGUAGUAUCGAUAGACUCGAUGUUGUUUUACCGUUAACAAUUAGCGUUUACGCGUGUUGAUUAACGUGUUUGGAUUCGAUCAAAAUGGAAGCGUCGUCGCUCGGUCGCGACGUGCAACGAAUGAGCCAAUCGAGAGUCGGUCUGAUUAAUCCAUUAUACAAUUUCAUCGAUUCGGUGUGAAUACCAGACAAUGCUAGCAAUAAUGCGCACCGUGAUAUUCUAAUUCAUCUCCUGGAAUACAUCGUUACGUUUUAAUCGCGUCCGAACAGCUAGGGAACACAUCAGUGAGCAACUUUUGGUAACAUUAUGUUCCGUGGUGCAUGGACAGCAUUUAUUUUAUUCUUUUCCACGUAUUCGCACUCUUUCGGAUAUUUUCGUUUGGUGCACUAAUGAUUUUGUUAUCGAAUUUACUACUUGAAAUAUAGUACCGUAAUUUUUCGUACGAUGUUAUGAAAUUUAUAGUUUGUUGACUGAGAAUGGAGGCGAUAGUGG